UUCGAGCUCCGCAGGACAGCACCGCACGCAACGGCCCGGCACCCCCGCCCUGCCCCGCUCCGCCCGCCUUCCCCCGCGGCAGUACCGCUCCCUGCUCCCCAUCCGCUCCGGCUGCUGCGCUUGCGCCGCCUCUACGCGGGGCUCGGCUCGCCAUGUCGGCUUCUUCCUGUUCCUCCACGGCCGCGCUGCGGCCGGUCACUCACCUCAUCUUUGACAUGGACGGCCUGCUGCUGGAUACUGAACGUCUCUAUACAUUGGUAUUUGAAGAGAUAUGUGGGCGUUUUGGAAAGACCUAUACUUGGGAUAUAAAAUCAUUAGUCAUGGGUAAAAAAGCACUAGAAGGGGCACAGAUUAUUCGAGAUGUUCUAGAUCUUCCAAUAACCAAAGAGGAGUUACUACAUGAAAGUAAAAUGAAGCAGGAGAAGAUAUUCCAUACAGCUGAAUUGAUGCCAGGAGUCAAUAAACUGAUCCAACAUUUACACAAACACAACAUACCCAUAGCUGUUGCCACUAGCUCAGCUGAAGUGACAUUUCAGAUGAAAACAUCCAGACACAAAGACUUCUUCAGUCUUUUUCAUCAUAUUGUGCUGGGAGAUGACCCUGAGGUGAAGGGUGGCAAGCCACAGCCUGAUGCAUUUCUAGUUUGUGCAAAGAGAUUUCACCCUCCUGCACCUCCAGAGAAGUGUCUUGUGUUUGAAGAUUCACCGCUUGGAGUCAAAGGAGCACUGGCAGCAGGAAUGCAAGUGGUUAUGAUUCCAGAUGAAAAUUUAAGUCCUGAUCUUAAAAAGGAGGCGACUCUACUGCUCAAUUCCAUGGAGGACUUUAAACCAGAGCUUUUUGGUUUACCAGCAUAUGAUUAAUGCCUAAUGUCUCUGUUCAUAAGCUUGACUGGAGUUCAGGAAACCAGAAUGAAAUCUUGUUAAGAUUUUAUAAUUGCUUUGUUUUGUCUCUCUUUCUUAAAUCUAGAGCAAAUAAAUUCUGUUAAAACUGUGUCUUCCACAUUGUUCUAACCUUUGAAAAUUGACUGAAAUAUUACAUAUUUGCUCUCAUGAUAUAUGUGAAGUUAAAACAGUGUUUCAUCUUCUAAUGUGAUCCAGCUUUGUUCUCUGUACAUCAUAAUGUUUUCUGGGAAUAUUAUGAAACUAUUUAGACAAUUUAUUGUAAUUACAUUAGAAACUUCUUGAACUGUUCCCAUUUGAAUGGCUUACUGUUUAGCCUUGAACCAGAAAUCUGUUCUGGAUUGGCUUAUAUCACAUUACAUUGGUUUUGAUACAGUUAUCACUAUUAAACGCAUCCAGUUUACCAUUUCCUCAUCCUUUGCUUGCCUGUCUAUUCCCCUUUGUAUCCUCAUAGUUUUAUUUUCUAUUUUUUUUGUUACACUUCCUGUGUGGUUUUGCUUUGUUUGUUUCUUUCUUUCCUUUACUUGGAUUUUUUUUUCUGUUCCUGGAGGGUUUGACUUGCAGAGGUCCCUUACAGCCUUCAUUCUGUCUCUGACCUUUGGGUCAUGCCUGCUAUAGAGCUAUACAAGGUUAUAUGAUCCUUCUAUUUAACCAAACCACUUUUCAUCUGCCUCUUUAUAUUCUUCCUGUUUUCCAUGUUGCCAUGUAGCCUUCCCUUCCAUUUGUGUGAGAGGUAUUCAUUCUAUCUUUUUGUUUCAAUCUUGAUAAAAUUAUGGCUUUAGCUCCUACACGUACAAGUAGCUUUCUCUAGGCUAUCUCAACUUUCUUGUUCUUAAUUUAUUUUUAUUGGCAAAAAGCCAUGUUUUCUGGAGACAUCUUUAGUAUCUAUUUUUAAAUUGUAUACAUUGUCAUUUUGUUUGAUUUAAAUAUUAAAAUUUAUUUUUAUGGCAAACAGUUUCCACAAAAUGAUCAUUUUGUUAUCUAUCCUUAUUAAUUCUAUGUGUUUCUGAUAUCUUGGCAGAAUAGCAGUGAGGACCGAGUUAGAAAAUGCUAUACAUACAGACAGGUUUUAAUGGAAUCCGAAGUACGUAUAUAUUGUGGUGGAAGCAAUGCACUUUCUUUUUCUAAAGAAUUCUACAGUGGGUGGGUUUAUAACAUUUAUAAAUUUAAACAUUUAAAAAGAAAAAAUCUAAUUGAUUUUUCGUAAUAUACUCCAAAAUUCUGGUAAAAGACUUGUUUCUGUAAAAAUAACAAGUGUGAUGUGAACUCCUUUGUGUUUGGUUUGGUUGGUUGAUUGUUUAAUAUCAUUUGUUUAUCUGUUCUUGCAAUUCUUUUUCCAGACAUUUUCUCAAUUACUGCUUUAGGUAGAAAGUUUUUUGGUGAAAACAGAAGUAAAAGAAUCAGAGAUGCUCCAGUGCUUCGCAUUCAAAUUGAGUUUCCUCAUGUUUUUGGUUUUUUUUCCCCUUCAAAUUAUAUUUAAAUUAAAACAGAAUUACAACUUCUACAUAGACUGAUACAGUUUUCUGCUGUUGUAUUCUUUUCAUGCCUCAAAGAAUUAAGAAAUUUGUAUUCUCUGUAGCCAAUAAAAUAUGAUCUGAAUGGAACUAGAAGAUCUUUAGAACAUAUAGUAUAAUAUUUUGCAGUGUAAUGCUUUUAAUGGAAGGAUCUGGAAGCUUUUUUUUUUAAGGUAAAUACUUUUUUGAUGUUGCUAUUUUGUGUACUACAUAAUUUCAUUAAGACCAUUGUUAUUUGCACAGUGGCAAUAAACCAUUCUCUUCAAAAUAAAUUCAAUUUCUGGGCUUCUCAGCCAGAUAAUAGAAA